AUGGCCUCAAUCGCCGCAGUGUUGGAUAGCAACUCCAACAUCACUCGUCACCAUGGGCCAGGCUUGGUCGCUGUCUUUGGUAAGUUUUCCGUGCUCAGGGAGCUUCGGCAUGAUUGGCUUCGUCGACUUUCUCUAUUCCUGCUCUUUCUUGUCUUCAUACUAACCUUUCCAGUUGGUGGGACGAGUGGCAUAGGAGAAACUACUGCCCGCGCAUUCAUACGGAACACCGACGCCUCUCGUGCUUACCUGAUUGGAAGAGACCAGGCGAGCGCGAUGAGCAUCAUCGAGGAAUUGAAGAAACUGAAGCCCGAGUCGGAAGUCACCUUCAUCCGAUCAGACGUGUCUUUGUUGCGCGAGGUGGACAAGACAUGCGCCGCCAUCCAGGAGAAAGAGGAUAAGGUGAAUAUCUUAUUUCUCAGCCCAGGCACCGGGUCGACCAAUGGUCGUACUGAAACCGACGAGGGUCUCGACAGAAAGCUCAACCUCCACUAUUAUUCCAGGAUGCGAUUUGUCCAAAACCUCCUUCCACAGCUCCGAAAUGCUGAUCACAGCCGUACUAGAGACCACAAACCCCUCUCACGCGUAGUAUCGGUCCUCGAGGCCGGAGGCGAGGGUGCUCUGCAACUGGAUGAUCUCUCGCUCAAAACCCACUGGUCUCUCCGUAACUGCGGGAUACAUUCCAUCACCAUGAACUCAGUAUCCAUGGAGCAUCUAGCAUCUGUGUACCCACAAACCUCCUUCGUCCACAGCUUCCCGGGCAUUGUUCGAACGCGCCUUGAUCGCGAUCUAGGCACUGUGGCAAAAUGCGCCAUGAAAGCCCUGAUCGUUCUGGCCAAACCGUGGGAGAUUUCAUUCGAGGAGAGCGGGGAGAGACAUCUAUAUGCUGCGACGAGUCCACGGUUUCCGCCACACGCAUACAAGGACAGCGCCUCUGAUGCAGCAGAGGGAUCUGAUGGCCGGAUCGGUAGUGGCUCCUAUCGUUUGAGCUCGCAGGGCUCUCCGUACAAGCCCAGCAAGAUCAUGGAGAGAUAUCGCGUCGACGGGGUGAGGAGUAUGAUAUGGGAUCAUACGUUGGGUGUCUUUGCCCAGGUUCGCGGCAGGCAGGAGAACGGUGGUUGA